GGUCAGUCCUGUUAGGUGGGGCGGGCUCCACGCCAUGCCUGUCGGUCCGCUGCCAUUGUGCGGACUGCGUCAACAUCUAGCGGCUGGUGGAGGGUAAGUCCAUGCCAUGAUAACAGUUCCGUCUGCAAGACCGUUACCAAAGUCGUCCGAGGUCGACCCCUGAAGCGUUCAGUGCCCUCGUCGUUGGCCAGGCGAAGAUACAUAUCCACUGCCAACUGUGGAGGAGCAGUUGCUAAUAGUAAUACAUGUAAUUAUGAGUUGUGGGUGACGGCAAGUGGUAGCGCGAUUCCCGCCCUAGCUUAAAUAGACCAUGAUAUCGGCUGGUGGUACUGAGUGGACCCACUGCCACUGGAACACUGCCAGUCCUCGCCGUUUCGAGACAGUUGCUUGAAGGUGAUUCUUGAUUAUGUCCAAUUAUUUGAAGUUUCUUCCAGUCGCCGGGUUGGCCGGCUUGUCAUUCUUACUGGCGAGGCUGCUCCACAUUGUGGUGAGAUGGUGGCUCCGUCGCCGAUAUCUGAAACAACGAGUACCCGAACCAUGCAAGCCACACUGGAUUCGUGGACACUUGGCAGCCGACGAUCGCUUGGCGAGGAAUGAAUACAUUGGCUAUGCUCGGAAGCUGCCACGUAUGCUAUUACAACAGAUGGGUCCAUUCAUUUCUUCCGUUGCAUUGAGCCAUCCCGACACUAUUGCGCAGGUCAUGAAGGUAAACCCGCCGAAGAAUGAGCUCGUUGCGAAACUUGCCAAGACGUGGCUGGGCAAUGGUCUUGUGUUCACUAAAGGCGAACGUUGGGAACGUGAUCACCGUUUGCUCUCAAAGGCAUUCUCAAUAGAAAUGCGGCGGGAAUAUAUGCGUGCAUUCAAGGAGGCCACCAGCAUCACUCUGGACAUAUGGGAGGAGCUGCAGGCGGGCGCGAGUGUGAACAUGGCAGAAUUCUUACCCAUGCUGACUUUCGAUAUCAUACUGAGGUGUGCAAUGGGAGCAGAAACUACAUGCCAGACAAACAGUGACCCAAGAACGCCGGCCAGGCGAUAUGGUGCGGCUUCAAAGGAAAUUGGAGAUAUUAUUUUCCAACGUCUCAAGCAACCCUGGCUGUACUUCGAUUUCAUUUUCCUCAAUUCAGCAACUGGUGCCCGCUUCAAGAACCUUCUAGCAGAAACGCACGAAUUCAGUGACCGGCUGAUUAGUGAACAGCGGGCACUACUGGAGCAGGGCAAAGAUAACGAAGGCAAGACGAGUCAGCUUGAUCAGAAGCGUCACCGAGACAUGCUCGACGUGCUGUUGACGGUGAGAGAUGAAGACGGCGUGGGAUACAGUGACUCGGAUAUCCGUGAGCACGUGGAGACGUUUCUGUUUGCAGGCCACGACACUACGUCUUCCGUUUUGGAGUGGGCCAUACACUACCUCUGCCAUAACAAGCCUGUACAAGAGCGCUGCAGACGGGAGGUGAUGGAUGUUCUGGAAAAGUGCAGUGGCCUGGACAACUUUGCCCAUGAACAUCUAGCGGAACUGCAGUAUCUUUCACAAACCAUCCAGGAAACGCUGCGUAUUGCAUCCGUCGGACCAGUAGCUAUGAAAACCAGUGAUCGAGUGUGCAAAAUUGAUGGUGUCCAAUUCCCUGCUGGUACUGAUUUUCAGAUCAACAUCAUCGGCGUUCAUCACAACGAGCAAGUCUGGACUGACCCGGACACAUUCAAACCCGAUCGAUUCUCACCAGACCAAGGCACACGGAGUUCCUAUGCUUUCAUCCCGUUCAGCUGUGGUCCACGUACAUGCAUCGGCAAGCACUUCGCCAUGGAUGAGAUGAAGGUGGUACUGAGCAUGAUCCUGUCCCGAUUUCGUCUACUGCCUGAUCCAGAUAGCCCUGAGACAAAAUCGACUAUGGGCAUAUUCGUUAAACCAGAUCCUCCGGUACACGUACUGCUCGAUGCCUUAUGAACCUAAAAAUGUAACUUCAUCAUUUUGACAAGAACUCUACCUUAAUGGUGGGUGUUCACGGGGUCCAGGUUUCUCAGGAUGAGAACUGUCAGAAACAAAUCAUAAGCUCACCUGUACAUUAAAACAUGUUACUGGUAUAUAUGUAUACAUGGGUAUUGCUUGUAUGCAGUUGAAUAUACUCUUUUUCUUUACAUACCGGAUCAAGGCGCAGCUUUAGGAGCUGCAUCUGUGCCUUGAUCCCUAGAGGAUGGUGGCGUUCGUACGGAUGCGGAAAACUCUGCCUCCAGUCGAGUCCCACGAGAAACAUGAUACAUGUACAUGUAUACCGGUAUACCGGUAUAUUACAUACUGGUACUGAACAGCUGCUUACAGUAUUCUAAUGCUGUUGUGAACGUUUGCAGUCCGGUUUGUUUUUUUCCAGCUACACUGUAUACAACUUGAGUAGUUCACUCCUUGUACUCCAUUUUGGACUCCGCAGGGCAUCGAUCUAGGUUCUUUUUCAUUUUGUUGCGUAGAGAAGUGGGUCAUUUUGAAACAUUGGCUUCCUAAGCUCAGAAGUAAUGACAAACUCGGCCACCAAGGA